UACUUGAACAAACACUAUGAAGUUUUUAGUUCUCACCGCAUUUGUGACAUUAUUCACUGUUGGAUUCGCUUAUCAAUCAGUUGGUUAUUAUAAUGAUCCUGCUCAUCCCGGAAAAUGUGUUUACCAGGGCAUGAUUUUAUCACCUGGUGAGGAGGGAAAAGUCAAAGGAAAAUGUGUAAGCAUGUUAUGCGCCAAUGAAGAUGGACUUGCGACUGUACUGGGUUGCCCUGAGGAAUACGUGGGACCACCAUGUAAGCUGGGAGAUUAUGUUAACAUCGAUGCCGCCUAUGGUGAAUGUUGUAGGAGACACGUAAUUUGCUCUUGAUAUAGUCAUGUUGUAUAAUAUAAA